CUUUUUAUGUAACAUAAACAGUUUGUGUGCUUGUUUUUUUUUUGGGGUCCUUUAUUUCCAUCCAUCCAUUAUCUGAGCCGCUUCUCCUCGCAAGGUUCGCGGUAGCGCGGGAGCCUAUCCCAGCUAACAUCGGUCAGGAGGCGGGCUACACCCUGAACCGGUUGCCAGCCAAUCGCAGGGCACACAUAAACAAACAACCAUUCGCACUCACAUUCACACCUACGGGCAAUUUCGAGUUUUCAAUUAACGUGCAUGUUUUUGGGAUGUGCCCGGAGAAAAGCCACGCAGGCACGGGGAGAACAUGCAAACGCCACACAGGCGGGGCCGGGGAUCGAACUCCGGUCCCCAGAAGUGUGAGGCGGACGCUCUAACCGGUCGUUCACCGUGCCGCUCCUUUAUUUCCUUUCAUUUAAAUGUCAUUCAUUGUCAUUGGGUUAUUCGAUAACAUUGUGAAUUGUACGGCAAAAAACGUGUACGCUCAAAACCGGAAUGACUGAUAUUUGUCAACAGCUCACAUCCCACAAAUGCAUCUUAACGUAUUCAUAUUGCUCAAAUAUAGUGAAGCGCCACCUAUUCACAAAUUUAUUUGGGAAUCUCAGUUAUUCAUUGAAAAACUCAUCCGGUCCCGUCUCCGAUGACAGUAUUGCUUUGACAAUGUCGAAGUGAGGUGAGGAUCUUCAUGUCGUGGGGAACAUUGUAAUAUCAUGUACAUGUCCGGUGCCUUGACAUACAAGGAACCCGACUCACAAGGUUUUUGAGAUACAAGCCGUCGUCGGGCAAAUAUUUGGCUUUGACUUGUGUGCCAGUGCCACUCCGAGCCGAAGUCGACUGGAAAAGUGUCACUGACGUAAUCAACAGCGUAACGUCCUUGUCCUGUCCUGUCCUGUCCUGUCUUGUCCUGUCCUUCCCUCACAGGGUGUAGCACGACUGCCCCAUGCAACACUCAUAUCUGAUGUGUCAUUGUUCGAGAUAUACAAGGAUUUACUUUUCUCAUCUCGUUUACAGUUAGUGCUUUUUUUGUCUUUUGUCUUUGUUGUGUUCGACUGAUAAGACUCUGAUUCGCAAUACAUAUUCAUUAUAAUACUAAGAAACCACAGCGGCAGCUUAAACACUCCACCGUGACACGGUAAAAGUGUUCCGGCGUCAAAGGAAUACAGUUCCGGUGCGUACCCUUCACAAUAAAAGGCUGCAUGCUUAAAACGGGAAGUCAAGUUCAAACUGUUUGAUGUGAUUAAACAGUUCCAAAUAACAAUUUGAACAAUGGUAUAUUUAACUUUCAGCUGAAACAUUCAUGAAUGAAUGAAUAUUAAGUCAAUUGGGUUCGUUCCACACACAUUUGAUAUUGAUACUGGUUAUAAAGCACCCCGCGUCAAAUGCUCCUUUUAGUCGAAAAUGGAUGUUCAUCGUUUGGACACGCUUUAUUCAAACCAUGCAAACUUUUUCUACCCACCCCCUAAAAGAAUCGGAAUCAAAAUCGAAAUAAGGAACCGGAAUCGGGACCAGAAUUGCUCCAGUUCAAACGAUGCCCAACGCUGCUAAAUAUUCUUCGCCAAAUGUUCAUGUUAUCAAGUGUGAGAGCAGCAACAAGUAUUUUUCGGGGACAUCGCCAUCUCGCGAGGUUUCUUAGGGAACAUUCAAGAAACCUCGGCGGCAAGGGUUUUGUGUGACCACACGAGAUUGCGAGAUCGCAGGCGGAACGGAAUCUUGAUGCGUGUGUCGAGAUUCUCGGCGCACACCGCGCGCAACAUGAAGGCAAAUGUUAAAUGUCACAUUUAUGUGCGAGGUCUGUCACAUUUGCAAAAGGCUUCCGGGCCUAACUGGACAGGAGUUUUCGGCCAAUUUUUGGCUUUGACUCACGAGCGCCGACUCGAGCUAGGAGCGGCGCGCGCGAUUGUUCAAAACGAGACUCGAGGCCGUUUUACCGCCAGUCGGGAGUCGCGACGGAGCCGACUCGAGGGCCGGCGCAAUUCACGAAAUACAGGAUUUGCAGAGGACCUUUGCCCCCGCGUGGCCCAUAAUUCCCGAGAUUCCCGAGAUCCACUUUCACCUUAUUGUCCCCACAAAUAGGAUGUAUUUACUCUAAAUAUCGUAUCUUUGUUCAGCUAUUUAUGCCUGCGACGUAUUGCGACAGGCGGAAGAAUUGACGUUGUUCCCCUCGACGCGUUCCCCCGUGUGUGGCACUAAUGUCAAAUAUGCGCUCGCUCGGCUCAGGAAAAAGUGGCGAAGCGAAGCAUUUUCGAGAGCUCAUCAGCAUCUUCCAGCAGCGCGUCCAUCUUGUGGUGCGUUCACGCUCCGUCGGCGGCAUCUCGUUGCACUAAAUCACACCGGAACAGACCUGCCCCACCUUUCAAAGAUUUGUUUAGUUGCGAAUGGUUAAGACGCAAAGCUGCUGGGUGAAGUUGUAGCGUGAAAGGGCAACGGAAGCGAUGCUGGAGCAAUUGCACUUGACCAAUCAUCAGCCGUCGUCGGAACAUCAAAACCGCACAGAGCAAAACGAGAUCGCGUCGAUUACGUCAAAGAUCUCGUCAGUGUCAGCAUGCUGGCCAGGAAGGGCGCGCUGCCGGACGGCUUCCUGCUGACGCGCCUGGCAGAGGAGCGCGACCGGCCCAACCGGAACCUCCCCCGGUGCCAGCGGGCGCGCUUCAUCACCAAGACCGGCUCGUGCAACGUGGCCCACAAGAACAUCCGGGAGCAGGGUCGCUUCCUGCAGGACGUCUUCACCACCAUGGUGGACCUGAAGUGGCAGCACUCCCUCCUGAUCUUCACCUCGGCCUUCCUGUGCUCCUGGAUGCUGUUCGCCAUGGUCUGGUGGCUGCUGGCCUUCGCCCACGGAGAUCUGGAGCCUCGGCGCCGGGCCGUCGUUCCCUGCGUCACCGCCAUCAACUCCUUCACCUCCGCCUUCCUCUUCUCCAUCGAAGUCCAGGUGACCAUCGGUUUUGGCGGGCGUAUGGUGACGGAGGAGUGCCCGGCCGCCAUCGUGGUUUUGAUCGUGCAGAACAUCCUGGGCCUGAUCAUUAACGCGGUGAUGCUGGGUUGCGUCUUCAUGAAGACGGCGCAGGCCAACCGGCGGGCCGAGACGCUCAUCUUCUCCCGCCACGCCGUGGUGGCCCCCCGCAACGGCCGGCCCACCUUCAUGUUCAGGGUGGGCGACCUGAGGAAGAGCAUGAUCAUCUCGGCCACCGUGCAGCUGCAGGUGAUCCGGCGCACAGUGACAUCCGAGGGCGAAGUGAUCCCGGUGAGCCAGCUGGACAUUCAAGUGGAAAACCCUCUGAGGAGCAAUGGCAUCUUCCUGGUGUCGCCGCUCAUCAUCAGCCACACGCUGGAGAGAGGAAGUCCACUCUACGACCUGUCCGCUCACACGCUCGCCGCCGCUGACAUCGAGGUCAUCGUCAUCCUGGAAGGCGUGGUGGAGACGACGGGCAUCAGCAUGCAGGCGCGGACAUCGUACACGCCUGAAGAGAUUUUGUGGGGUCGCCGCUUCGUGUCCGUCGUGAGCGAGGAGGAAGGCCGCUACUGCGUCGACUACUCCAAGUUCGGCAACACGCUUCCCGUGCGCAUGUCUUCGCUCAGCGCCAAAGAAUUGGACCAGACGCGCGGCGUCCGAGAGGGCGGCGCCGCCGAUCCGCAGCCGCAGGGAUGGGGGCCGGUCCGGGCGGGGAGGGGAGGGUUCCGGAGGGGGGGGCGGGCCUCCGAGGGCGCCGCCUCCCGACCCUGGUACGACCCGGACGACGAGGAGGCGGAGCCGAGCGGGCCCGAGAAGGCCGUUCGGCUCGAGGUGAUCGGAUGCCGGACGCGCGACUGAGCGCUCGGCCCGCGCCCGCUACUUCCUUUUUGCUCCGACAGGAAGUGAUACGACGAGACGCCCGAGACGCACGUUGGACAAACACACGCACGCCGCGCACGCACGCGCACAGGUCAUUACACUCCAGACAACGUGAGACAAAAGACGACAAACGAUUGGUUUUUGUCUUUAUUGACUUCCCACCGGCAGGUCACUUGACCUCACAGCCAGGGCACGAGCGCACUCAGCAGCCAGCCAAUCAGCAGCAGCGGGCCGGGUGUGGCCACGCCCACCGCACCGCUGGAGUUGCACAAGUUGUUGUUGCAGCAGCGGUACGAAAACGACGACAUGGACGGAAACAUCUGGGACAAGCGAGAGUUGUCGCAGUCCGUGUAGCGGAUACACUGGCGCACUGUCUUGCCGCCUACACACACACACACGCGCACGCACACACACGCACGCCAGAAACAUAAUCAACACUUAAGAACAAUUACACAUUAAAAAUGCAUUCAUAUACACAGACAUACACAUAAAAAACAAACACAUGGAACAAGCACACAUACGGUCCCGUCCAAAAGAAUUGGAACGGCAAGGUCAAUUCCUUUGUUGUUGUUGUGUGCUGAAGACAUUUGGGUUUCAGAUCAAAAGAUGAAUAUGAGACCAAAGUUCGGAAUUCCAGCUUUCAUUUUGUGGUAUUUACAUCGAGAUGUUUUCAACAACUCGGGACAGAGCACCUUUUCUUUGAAGCCACCCACUUUUCGCGUGAGCAAAAGUACGGGAACAUGUGACUGAUGGGUGUUUCUAGUUGCUCAGGUGUUGCCUUUUAGAUCCAUUGAUAAAACAUGAGAUAGUGCUUGUUUUUGGCUUUGGGUUUCACCUGUGAAAACUGCAUUUGCUGUUAAGCAAACGUGAAGACCAGAGAGCUGUCUAUGGGAGAAAAGCAAAGCAUUUGGAAGCUGAGAGAAGAGGGAACAUCCAACAGAGCGAUUGCACGACCAUUGGGCAUAGCCAAUACAACAAUUUGGAACGUCUUGAAAAAGAAAGAAACUACUGGCGUACUGAGCGACGGACACGGAACAGGUCGCCCAAGCGGUUGAUGACAGAAACAGCUCGUGAGAGCUGCGAAGAAACACCCGAAGGCAUCACUGCCAACCUCCGCAGGGCAGGGGUGAAGGUAUCGCAAGCCACUGUUCCAAGAAGACUUUCAGAGAAGAAAUAUACAGGCCGUAUAUCGGCAAAAAGAAUCGGAAGGCCAGAUUGGAUUUUGCAAAGUAGUACAGAGAAGAGCCACAAGGUUUUAUGGACUGAUGAGACCGAGAUGAAAACCAUUUUGUCCGGCAAUUUACAGAAAAAUGCAUCCAAACUCAUCGGGAGACGCUUCAAUGACCCAAAACAACAAAGGACUUCAAAAGUGGAAGGUCUGUGACUGGCCAAGUCAAUCACCGGACCUUAACCCAAUAGAGCGUGCAUUUUCCCUCCCGAAGAGGAGACUGCAGGGAGAAACCCCCCAGAUAGAAACAUUCAUUAACUGAAAGAGGCUGCAGCAAAGGCCUGGAAAAGCAUUGCUCAUGAAGAAGGUCAAGUCAGGUCAAGUCACCGGGUCGCAGGCUUGAUGCUUAAUCAUGUCUGCUUCAUGACUUUUGCUCACUUGCAAAGUGGGUGGCUUCAAACAAAAGCUGCUCCGUCCCGAGAUGUUGAACACAUCUCGAUGUGAAUACCGUGAAAUAAAAGCUGGACUUCGGAACUUUUGUCUCAUAUUCAUCUUUGCAUCUGAAACCCAAAAGUCUUCAGUAUGCAACAAAAACAAAGGAAUUGACCUUGCCGGUCCAAUACUUUUGGAGGGGACUGUAAUAAACACAGCAACUCACAUACAUAAAUACACAUACUGCAUAUCAUAAAAACCCAUACGCACACGACAAUCCCAUAACAAACACGCACACACACGUGAUGCGUAAUGAGAGCCGAGGUCACGACCUUGGACGCUGAGGGUCAGGCAGGCGUCCUCGUACGUGCACUCGUGGACGUCGUCGCAUCGGCCGGUGUAGUCGGAGCACCGGUAGCAGCGGAGAGCGCCACCUGCGGGACGCGCCGAAGAAACGCACGGAAAGUUGCGGGAACUUACUCGUUGGGACACGUUCGACUCGGAGAACGCGAUUGCUCAGUAGACGUCUUGUUAGUCGGUGGUGACUUGCUAGGUUGCAAAGGAAACGUGUGCGCUCUACUUUUGUACAUAUGUAAAUCAAAUAAUAAAAAGUAGAACUUCA